AUGGAGCAUCCCAGUGAACCAAAUAACGCCGCUAUGUAUGAUGCACGCAGACGUAGAGCAUCUGUUGGGACAUCACAGUUAUUAGACAACAUUGUCUCGGCUUCAAACUUCGACAGAGAUGAGGUGGACAGGCUCCGCAAGCGAUUCAUGAAACUUGACAAGGAUAGCUCCGGCACGAUCGAUCGUGACGAGUUCCUUUCCCUCCCACAAGUGUCCUCCAACCCGCUCGCAACGAGAAUGAUUGCGAUCUUCGACGAAGACGGAGGCGGCGAUGUCGACUUCCAAGAGUUCGUGUCCGGGCUGUCGGCUUUCAGCUCCAAGGGCAACAAAGAGGAGAAGCUCCGGUUCGCGUUCAAGGUCUACGACAUCGAUCGGGACGGCUACAUCUCCAACGGCGAGCUGUUCAUCGUGCUGAAGAUGAUGGUGGGCAAUAAUCUGAAGGACGUGCAGCUGCAGCAGAUCGUGGACAAGACGAUCAUGGAGGCGGAUAAGGACCGCGACGGCAAGAUCAGCUUCGAGGAGUUUACGGAGAUGGUGGAGAAUACCGAUGUCAGCUUGAGCAUGACACUGAGUAUGUUCUAG